AGUGACGAUGAGACUACAUAAGUACGUGGUACCAACGCUGUUAGUAACCGUGAGUUUGGCCCAGUGUGUCUACAGUAGAGUAAACUACUCUUUAAUUGAAGCGAAUAUUCCGGAAGAUGGAAGGCUGAAUUUCACACAACUAGCCUUAAAGUACGGCCAGAAGUGCGAGGAGCAUGACGUGGUCACCGAGGACGGCUAUAUUCUGACGAUUUUCAAUAUUCCCGGCAACAAAUCUCGACCGAUCCUCCUGAUGCAUGGACUCCUCGACUCUGCGGAUACAUUUAUAAUACGAGGCAAGAGUUCUCUAGCUAUCGCUUUGGCUGCCGACGGAUACGACGUUUGGUUCGGGAAUUGCCGCGGAAACAAAUACGGCAGGCGACACACUUCUUUGGACCCAGAUAAGGAUAAAAAAAAGUUUUGGGAUUUCAGUUUCCACGAGUUUGGUGUAUACGACGCACCUGCCAUGAUCGACUACGUUCUUAAUUUGACGAAUCUGACCAAGUUACCGGUCAUCGGGCAUUCCCAAGGCAACUUAAUGUUCUACGUGUUAGGAUCAGACAGACCAGAAUAUAACGAUAAAAUUGAAAUAAUGAUUGCACUGGCUCCCAUUUGUCAUCUGAAUCAUGUGAAAGGGUUAUCCGCUGUGAUUGCGGCAGUGUGGCCAACGAUCAGCGAUUUCUUGGCAUUGCUCGGCAUCGAAGAAAUAUUUCGCUCUGAUUCCAUCAUUCCGAACGGGGUGACCAAAGUGAUAUGUACUCAAAGUCUUGGCUACGACUUAUGUGCGAAAGGUGGUGUGUUCCCGGUGACGGGUAACGAUCCAGACGAGCUGGAGCCGGAGUUCUUCCCCGUGGUCAUCGGGCACUUCCCGGCGGGCACGUCGCGCAAGGAUGCGGACCACCAGUCUCAGCUCGCAUCCAAGAAGAACUUUGCACAUUUUGAUUACGGUGUAGUCAAGAAUGUCAUCAAGUAUCGUUCCCCGCUUCCCCCCGUCUAUGACUUAAAUAAAGUAUCUAUGCCCAUAGGGUCAUUCCAUGACAAAUGUUACCGAGGGUGAAAAACUAAAUAUGUUCUUUUCGCAUUAAAUCUGACGAAUUUUGAAAGUAUACAUUCCAAAUUAUAAUGUGCAACAAAAAAAUCUGAAAGAAACAAGUAAUUUUUAAGUUAUUAGUCUUCAAAGUCUAUACUUAAGUCAACUGUCUGAAUGAUCAUUUUCUCUCUAAUUAUUAGUAAUACGAUUUAAAAAAAACUAUCAAUCUGUGAAACGUUUUGCCACUAUAUAAUUCGAGGGUAUUUAUCAUAGUAUUGGUAGAUAGCGUCAUAGUCCCAAAAAAAUUGAUAAUCAUCAAGUUUUAAGUGUGUUUUCUUGUUACUUCGGCGAUGUAACACCCGAAACAGAAAAACAGGUAUUUGUUUUAUUAUUGUACCUUACACAUGGAUUAGGGUAACAAUAUUUGGUAAAAGUAAGGUCAUGGUAGUAAUGAUUUCAAAUACUAACUAAUAUCUGAGCAUGAUACUAAUUUAGUAUGUUUCUUUCUUGAUUAAAAACUGUAACACCCGAAACGAUUCGGGUAUUACAUUUUUAUUUAUAUGUCGAUAUUGUGUGUAUAUUGCUUGGAGAAGUGAAAAAGUAUUACUGUGAGGGUCCUUUGACCUCCCACUAGCGCUGGCAUCGGAAAAGGAGUCAUAUUUCUCAAUUUAAGCCUUUUUUGAAAUGUGGACUUAACACUAAAAUUAAGGUAUUGCUAAAAAGUGUCGAUGUUUGACAUUUCCAAUAAAUAUCGUAAUUAGAAAUUAAAGUAAUGCUAUUUCAAGCCAAAAACAAUAGAAAAAGCUAUAUUCUGAGGAAAAAUUUAACUUGAACUUUGUAUAUUUUUUAAAAAAAGCUGCUUCGUAAUUUCAAACCAGAAUUCGCUCUAUUUGUGUUUAUUUGUUGUACUCCUUAUUUUGUAGUACCUAGAGACUAAUAAAACACCGAUUUUAUCGAUAAAACGCGUUGCAUUUUCGUACUCGUAACACCCGAAACAGAACCAUUGUAACACCCGAAACAAAGAAAAAAAUUAUAAAAAAAUAGUAAAACGUUUUAUUUAACAGUGAUUGUAUGUUACAUGGUUUGUAAAUUUCAUACUUUAGAAGUCCUGUAAGUUUUAGGUAUGAUUCCUUAAUAAAAUUCGCUAAAUUUCGAGUAAAUGCAGCAACAGUCAGAACAUAGAGGCAUAAUCUCGUAACGCCCGAAACGCACACUUUUCGACUUAUAUUUUCGUUAUCCUACAUUCUACGCUGUACAAACUUUAUUAUUUAAAUAAAACAACUAAAAACGGACAGAUUAAGGCACUAACAUUAUUAAAAUACUAUUUCAAAAUACAUGAAAUUGUUGAAUAUGUGUGUACGAACGUAACACCCGAAACGAUGGAAUGACCCCAUAGCAAUAUUUGCAGGCAAAAACGAUUAUAUUUCCGAUUUGGAGGACGUUGAGCGCCUGCGGAGUCAGUUGCCCAACGUCGUAUACUACCAUGUCAUGGAGCGCGACCUCAUGAAUCACAUAGAUUUCGUAUGGGGUAAAAAUAUGGGUCAAUAUUUAUUCCCUCUUAUAUUCGACGUGCUUAAAGAAUAUAGAAAAUAAUAAAUUAGUUUUGUUUGUAAUCCCUCUGCGUCUCAGAAAUUAGAUUCAAGUAAAAAGAACACACCCAGAUAGUUCAAUACUUACCUACCUAACUACGCGUACGUUGUAAUUAUUCAUUUAAUAAUAACGUACCAACACAUGCGUACACAAUACUUUUUAAGAAGGUCAAAGACAUGCAGAUAAAAUAUAGUUACUAAGUAGGUACAUGAAAUACCUAUCUACAUAUUUUAUUCACCCAGGUUGAGUGAACCAAGAAUGCCACGUACUUAGUUGUUUUCAUCCCAAAUAAGUCCUAAGUAAAUAGUUUUAAAUUAAAUAUUUUAUAAUGAAGCAUUCACUAAGACUAUUCCAGGUCCAUGAGCACUAAUUUACAGAAAACUUGUCCUAAAAAUACACACCCUAAUGCCAUAAAAUAUGUGGCAUUAUUACCCAGUUAAAAAUAUUGGAUAAUUUUAUUUUGCAUCAUUUGAAUUUGUUAAUUCCUUAAAAUAUCACUUAAGCCGCUGUUAAAAUGAGCAUUUUGAUGUGAUUAUGAUAAGAAUUCAACCUUGAUUAUUUUAAAUACCUACAAGAAUUAAAAAGUUAUGGUUUUUUUUCCAUAAUCCUGCUAAUGUUAAAAUGCGAAAAUUUGGAUGUCUGGAUGUUUGUAACUCUUUCACAGAUUUUUGAUUAAAACACCUGUUAUCGUAUAGUCUAAUUUUUUAGAAAUCAGCAGAUAAUUGUCAUCAAAAAUGGCCAACUGACAUAAAAAUAUUAUUAGUCUGUGAACUAGUGAUGCGACAAAACCUCUCGUUAAUCGCGAAGUGAAAUUAUUGUAGUACUUGCGUAUCAUCGCCGGGUGAUCGUCAAAAUACUAAAAAUAUGCAACAAAGUCGCAACAUUGAAUGUGAACUUUUGUGAACUGAUUAUGAAAUUUUCGAGAACAGGAAACAAACUGUAUGCACAGAUGUAAUCAAAAAACACACUGGACAGUAAAACAAUCAAUGAUAUCCGUAAAGUUAUUAAACUUCAAAUAGUUGCAAAAAGUUCUGUUUGACAGUGUUGCUACUAGUGACAUCUCGCUCGCUCAGUUCUUGGUUGCUCUAUUUCGCUAGGGAGGUAAUUUAAGAUGCUAUCAAUUGAAAGAAGAUUUUUAUUUUAUUUACUUAUAUAGGAAAAUAAGCAAUGGAACAAUACGUAAGCAUAAUUGCAUAAAAAAGUAAAAUAAUUUCGUUUAAAUAAAACCGACUAAAAAUUAAAUUGACUCCGAAAAAGCAUACACUAAAAGUAGAAAAAUAAUUUUACGUUAUCUCCAAU